UCUCAUGACCUUUGCCUUCUGGAGGAGCCCAUUGUGACAUAGGCAGCCAGGAGGGGCUCGCUUUCAUCUCAGUGGCCCUGAAGGGAACACGGCAGGCAUGUCGAGCCUGAACUCCCCGGCUGUGAUCUUUGACAAUGGCUCUGGGCUCUGCAAAGCAGGGCUAUCGGGGGAGAUCGGGCCGCGCCACGUCCUCAGCUCUGUCGUGGGGCACCUGAAGGUCAAGCCGUCCCUGGUGGAGCCCCACCAGAAGACAUACCUCGUGGGAGACGAGGCUCUGUUCAGGCAGGAGGCGCUGCACCUGCAAAUGCCCAUCGAGCGGGGCCUGAUCGUGGGCUGGGACGAUAUGGAGAGACUGUGGCAGCACCUAUUUGAGUGGGAGCUGGGCGUGAAGCCGAGCGAGCACCCGGUACUGGUGACCGAGCCCUCCCUGAACCCCAGGGAGAACCGCGAGAAGACGGCGCAGGUGAUGUUCGAGAGCUUCAGCGUGCCUGCCUUCUACCUGUCAGACCAGGCGGUGCUGGCGCUGUACGCCUCGGCCUGCGUCACGGGCCUGGUGGUGGACAGCGGGGAGGGGGUCACCUGCACCGUCCCUAUCUUUGAAGGCUACUCCCUGCCCCACGCUGUGGCCAAGCUGUACGUGGCAGGCAAGGACAUCACGGAGCAGCUCACCCGGCUGCUCCUGGCUGGUGGACGGACCUUCCCCUGCCUGCUGGACAAAGCCCUGGUGGAUGACAUCAAAGAGAAGCUCUGCUACGUGGCCUCGGAGCCUGAGAAGGAGCUGUGCCGGCGGCCGGAGGACGUCCUGCGGGAGUACAAGCUGCCUGAUGGCAAUAUCAUCUACUUCGGGGACCAGCUGUUCCAGGCCCCCGAGAUCCUGUUCUCACCCGAGCAGGUGGGCAACCAGAGCCCGGGGCUGGCCAAGAUGGUGUCCGGCAGCAUCACCAAGUGCGAUGCUGACAUCCAGAAGACGCUCUUCGGGGAGAUCGUGCUGUCGGGGGGCACCACGCUGUUCCAGGGGCUGGAUGACCGGCUGCUGAGGGAGCUGGAGCCCCUGGCACUCAAAGGGAUCCCCAUCAAGAUUACCGCACCGCCUGACCGCUGGUUCUCUACGUGGAUCGGGGCCUCCAUCGUGACCUCUUUGAGCAGCUUCAAGCAGAUGUGGGUCACUGCCGCCGACUUCAAGGAGUUUGGGGCAUCUGUGGUCCAGAGGAGGUGCUUCUAAGGGGCGCCGCACCCGGGGUGGGGGUCCCUGGGGCGGGGUUGACCCCAGGUUUCCUUCAGCAGGAUGCUCAAUAAAAGACAAAGUGGUGGAUCCCGUG